GGAUAAGGACCUGAACCGUGAUAUCCCCGCGCACCAACCACGGAGCAGGUGUUUCGGUGGCAGCGCUGUCAUCACCAGCGGGCUUCACCGUUUGCCUCCGUCCCGCAGCUCUGCGCCAAAGGUUGCAGUUGGCAUUGGAUACCAUGGAAUCAGACUGGCAAACAUUGUGGAUAUCUUUAACUGCGACAGUUAUGUUGUGAUGCGUGGACCAAACGUGCAGAUAUCGGGGCUCUAUAAGUAGAGGAGAUCACCACAUUCAUUUUAAGGCUCCUAUCCAGGCACGACAACCUCUAACUAACUCUCACUGUUGAAACAUGAGGGUUUAAGUUGAGUCAGCAAGUCAAAAACAGCAAAAUGCGUCAUCGCAUCAACAGUCAAUAAGACUUCUUGGGCCUCUCGCCAACUUUUUUUUUAACUUAUUGUAGCUGUUUCUUCACCAGACACAGACAUGCGACCGUCCCUGGCCACAGCAGUCCUGCCACCCAGGACCCGCUCCCACAAUCCACCCAACCUGGCUGUGGGGGUCCGCGAACACCUUUCAGCUCCAAGAAGGCGCAGCCCCCACCUCCGGCACACCCUCAGCCCAGAGAACCUGCGGACCCUGGCGGAGAGGGGUGGGGCUGCUGUUGAUACCGUGUCUGUGGUCAGCAGUCCUAUAGGGCUUCCACGUGCUAACAGUGAUACAGACCUGGUGACGUCCCAGAGUCGCUCCUCGCUCACGGCGUCCACUCUGGAGUACACGCUGAACCGGGGUCAGAACCUCGUCAUAUCCUGGGAUAUAAAGGAGGAAGUGGAUGCUACCGACUGGAUCGGGCUGUACCACAUUGAUGAAACCAAUCCUUCCAAUGUGUGGGACUGUAAGAACAGAGGGGUGAAUGGCACCCAGAAAGGUCAGAUUGUAUGGAGGCUUGAGGCUGGGCCCUACUUCAUGGAGCCUGAGACCAAGGUAUGUUUUAAGUAUUACCAUGGAGUGAGUGGAGCCCUUCGAGCCACCACCCCCUGCAUCACCGUGAAGAAUCCAGCCGUCCUGGUGGAGGGGCUGGCAGAGCAGGUGGGCAUCGAACAUCCUCGGAAACUGAUCAGCUUCACAUUGACAGAUUUGCGUGCCACUGGCCUGAAGAAGGGCAUGUUUUUUAAUCCGGAUCCAUACCUGAAGAUGUCCAUCCACCCAGGGAAGAGGAGCGUCUUCCCCAUCUUCAGUCAUCAUGGACAGGAACGGCGAUCAGCAAUCAUUGCUAACACCAUCAACCCUGUCUGGCAUGGAGAGAAAUACACAUUUGUAGCACUAAUGACAGACAUCCUGUAUAUUGAGGUAAAGGACAAGUUUGCAAAAAGCCGACCAAUCAUCAAACGCUUCCUCGGCCAGCUGACUAUACCUGUGCAGCGGCUUAUUGAAAAGAUACCUGGUGUCCAGCCUGUGAGUUUCUCUCUGUGUCGGCGCCUGCCCACUGAACAUGUAAGUGGUCAGUUGCAAUUCAAAGUGGAGCUCACCUCAACCGGGCCUGAUGGUGCUUCUCCUGAUUCCAUCAUUGGCAUUUCAUCCUUAAACGGAGCACCAGGGACUCCAUCUGAUGACGAGGACCUGCCACAUCACCUUCCAGGAGUGGUUUCUGCGGGACUCUCGCCUACCGGCUCCCAGAGCUCGCAGGGCAUGUGGGAAAGUGGGGCCAUGGCCUGCCCAGAAAAGGACCUGUCUUUUAUGGGUGCUGCGGCUAGAUUUGUGGGGCCUGAGAGCCUGUCGGGCCACCAAUUGCUCCAAAGAUCAUUCAGUGAGGGCCUGGAUGCUAUUGAGGCCCCCAAGGGUCCUGGUGAAAGACCCCUGGGUGCAGCCUCACCCAAACUGCGCUCUAGCUUCCCCACACACACAAGGCUCAGUGCCAUGUUGCACAUAGAUUCAGACGAAGAUGAGGAGAGGUCAGGGGCCAAUGACAUCACUCCAGUGCCGCUCUCACCGCUACUGCUGAAUGGAGAAGCUUCAGAUGUUGACGGCCCCGAAGAUGAUGAUGCUUUUCUAGAGCUCCAACAGCCUGAGCAGCUCGAGCCCUCUGUGCUUGUGGCGGAGCCUGAGGGUGCAGCUGCUGCGAUAGAAGACACAGCCGCUGAGUUGGAGGUGGAAACAGGUCUGGACUUGGGCGAUAUUUUGGAGCUAGAUGUAUUUUCUGAGGCAGAGGAGGGUCCAUUCACAGAGGCUGCGCUAGAGGGUUUAGAGAUACCUGAGGAAGGAAGGAUGCCUGGCGACGAACCCUCAUCAGACAUCGACACCUGCUCUAUGGCAACAGCCCCACAGACAGUCUUCUCAUCAUCAGAGAGCUGUCCGGUCACCCUGACCACUGCUGUGGAAGCAGAGGAGGGAGCAGAGACAGCCAUAGAUCCAGGGGGAACCGUGGUUUCCAGCACCUCACCAACCCCGCAAGCUGUAGACGAUGAAGGGGGUGGGCGAGCUGAUGUCACUGAGGCUGAAGGAGAAGCUCCGCCAUCCAGCGAGCUGGAGGAGGUUGAGGACAUCAGUGUCAGGAGGCUCAGCCUCCAGGCGUCAGGGGGCGUGGCUGAAGAAAAUGAAGGGGGGGAGGCAAAGCCAAAUGAGGAGGCGGGGUCUUUGGAUUCAGAGCAAGAUGGAGAGGAAGGUACCCAUGUCAACGGCCAUCCUGUACGUUCGCUCCCCUCUGUACGUCAGGACAUCCACCGAUACCAACGUGUGGAUGAGCCUCUGCCCCCCAACUGGGAGGCUCGUAUCGACAGCCAUGGGAGGAUCUUCUUCGUGGACCAUGUGAACAGGACCACCACGUGGCAGCGUCCCACUGGACCUCCUGCCCCGCAGGGCCUGACCCGCUCCAGCUCCAUUCAGCAGAUGGAGCAACUAAACCGCAGAUACCAGAGCAUCAGGAGGACAAUUACAAACAGUGAUCGGACAGAGGAAAGCGCUGUUGACCUACUACCUGAACCAGAAAGUGAACUGAUGCCCCACUCCAUUUCUGAAUACAGACGAGACAGUGCAGUCGCUCAUGCCAGUGGUCGCACGCGCCUCUCUCUCCUGCUGCAGUCACCCAGCGCCAAGUUCCUGUGCAGCCCCGACUUCUUCACCGUGCUGCAUUCAAACCCUAGUGCCUACCGCAUGUUUACGAGCAACACCUGCCUGAAGCACAUGAUCAGUAAGGUGCGCCGGGACGCUCAUUACUUUGAGCGCUACCAGCACAACCGAGACCUCGUCACCUUCCUCAACAUGUUCUCCAACAAGCAGCUGGAGCUUCCCCGAGGGUGGGAGAUGAAACAUGACCAUACUGGGAAGCCCUUCUUUGUGGAUCACAACUGUCGCUCUACGACCUUCAUCGACCCACGGCUACCCCUCCAGAGUUCUCGCUCGACUGGGCUGCUGGCCCAUCGCCAGCAUCUGAGCCGCCAGCGCAGCCACAGUGCCGGGGAGGUAGUUGACGACUCUCGCCAAACCAACCAGCCCGCCAUGCCCCGCCCCUCCAGCACCUUCAGUGGCUCCAGUCGGAGUCAGUGCCACGAUGUGGUGCCUGUCGCCUACAAUGACAAGAUCGUGGCAUUUCUACGGCAACCCAACAUCUUAGAGAUACUGCAGGAAAGGCAACCCGAGCUCGCCAGGAACCACUCACUCAAGGACAAGGUCCAGUUUAUUCGCGGUGAGGGCGUCAGUGGGUUGGCUCGUCUCUCGAGUGACGCUGACCUCGUCAUGCUGCUGAGCUUGUUUGAGGAGGAGGUGAUGUCAUAUGUGCCGCCAUUACUUCACCCAGGUUACAGCAUCGCCUCUCCUCAGAGCUCCCCUGGCACUCAGCGAGCCAAUGCUCGUGCUCCUGCUCCCUAUAAGCGAGAUUUUGAAGCUAAACUGAGAAACUUUUAUCGAAAGCUGGAGACCAAAGGUUACGGCCAAGGACCAGGGAAAGUCAAGCUGAUCAUACGCAGGGACCACCUUCUGGAAGACGCCUUUAACCAAAUCAUGUGCUACUCCCGUAAAGACCUGCAGAGGAGUAAACUCUAUGUCAGCUUUGUAGGCGAGGAUGGACUGGACUACAGUGGUCCCUCCAGAGAGUUUUUCUUCUUGGUGUCCAGAGAGCUGUUCAACCCAUACUAUGGCCUGUUUGAAUAUUCAGCCAAUGACACGUACACAGUGCAGAUCAGCCCCAUGUCAGCCUUUGUAGACAACCACCACGAGUGGUUUCGCUUCAGUGGGCGAAUCCUGGGGCUGGCCCUUGUCCAUCAGUACCUGCUGGAUGCCUUCUUUACCCGACCCUUCUACAAGGGGCUUCUUCGCAUCCCGUGUGACCUGAGUGACUUGGAGUUCCUGGACGAGGAGUUUCACCAGAGUCUUCAGUGGAUGAAGGACAACGACAUUGAAGAUAUGCUGGACCUCACUUUCACUGUCAAUGAGGAGGUUUUUGGACAGAUUACAGAGAGAGAGCUGAAGCCGGGCGGGGCUGGUAUCCCUGUGUCCGAGAAGAACAAGAAGGAGUACAUCGAGCGAAUGGUCAAGUGGCGUAUAGAGAGAGGAGUGGCUCAGCAGACGGAGAGCCUGGUGCGAGGCUUUUAUGAGGUGGUUGAUGUGCGACUGGUGUCAGUGUUUGAUGCCAGGGAGCUGGAGCUGGUGAUCGCAGGCACUGCAGAGAUCGACCUGGCGGACUGGAGGAUCAACACAGAGUAUAGAGGAGGUUACCAUGACAACCACAUAGUGAUUCGCUGGUUCUGGGCGGCUGUGGAGAGAUUCAACAAUGAGCAGAGGCUCAGGCUGCUGCAGUUUGUGACAGGCACUUCCAGUAUUCCUUACGAGGGUUUUGCCUCCCUACGGGGGAGUAAUGGACCUCGCAGAUUCUGUGUCGAGAAGUGGGGAAAAAUCACUUCCUUACCCAGGGCUCACACUUGCUUUAAUCGUUUGGACCUCCCACCUUACUCCUCCUUCUCCAUGCUCUACGAGAAGCUGGUCACGGCUGUAGAGGAAACGAGCACUUUCGGUUUGGAGUGACCUCAAAACAGCUUAAGGCAGAGAAGCCCCUGGACAUCUCUGGAAGGACAUGGAAAAUAAAACUAAUAUCCUCAAAUGGCAACUACCCACCCAUGGAUAACGCUGCAGUUUUUUUACAACUGGUUUUUCUUCACUCAGUACACAGGAUUCAUUCCAAUUCUCCGCCUCUCUCUUACAUUUUUGACAGCGAUCCAUCACUUGAACACCCUCUGGAAGAAAGACGGAGAAUUGGAAAAAUAGAGCGAAAAGCCGUAUAUUGCAGUUUCUUGUUGUCAUGGUAACCUUUGUUCAUUAAGCCACAUGUGUGCUUUAUCUCUUCAGUUAAUGGCCUUGGUUACUGGAUUUUUUUAGCACCUCCCCUCCUCCUCCUCCUCCUCCUCCUCCUCCUUCUCUUUCUCCAACCUGCAGCUCAGAGACAGCUGCUCGAAAACUACAAAACUCCCUCCUCCCUCCCUGGACCUCUAAACUGUGUCCUUCCUGCACUGAGGCUGCAGUGUUAUAAACUAUAACACCUAUAACACACUUAUACACUCACACACACACACACACACACACACACACACACAUAUAUAUAUAUAUACACUCACACCCACAAACAAACAUGGGACAUUUUGUUAUUGAAGUGCAAACCAGUGUUUCUCCCAAGAUUUUUUAUCAGCAUGGAAAUAUGACCUUCUUGACUUUUAAAUGGGUAUUCAAUGGAGCAGGAGAUACACUGGUGUGCACAAACACACACAUACACACACACACACACAAGCAAAUAAACAAAUACAAAUCAGUUGACUAAACAGAGACUGACAGUACAUGUCACAGUUUGGUUAUUUCAUAAGCAUCAGUAAAAUAUGUAUGGACAGUGUCAGGACUGUUACCUUCACUGCUCUAAGAUCAGAGCUCUUAUCUGAGCAUGAGAGGUUAAGACACAUCAGACACAGCUUUGUUUCCGGAAACACUCAACAAGGACACCCAGUAUCACACACACAUAUAAUACUACAGCAUUAGCCUUGCACCUUCUAGUGUAUUUUCUUACAGUGUAACAGAUGCACUCACUCCAGAUACAUGUACUGACACACUCCAGUCAUAUAGACAUGCAGGGUUCCUGUCUUUCAAACUCUUCCACACAUUUCUCAUGAGCGGCCAAUGCACUUUCUCUCCCACACAGACAGAUGACACCUGCUCAUGAGUGUGACACACAAGGUCCUGCUCACUGAUGCAAUCGCCUCCCGCCCAGUGAAAGUGAUGAAUGUACCAAACCAGUGACUGAAUGUAUGAACCUCAAGCAACUGUGGUUGGACCCUGAGGAAGGGAAAACUCACACAGGCUGGAGAGGAAACACAAAGUUGGAAGUGAAGUGAAAGGAAAUGAAAUAUGACGCAGUUGCUUGAGGAAUGAGGGGGCGCUUGACCCGAUGUUGGCACCGGAUUAGGCCUUGUUAGCUGAAAGACACAAACCUGGUGUCAACCAAGGUUUCUGUUCAGGGUGCAGUGGUGGGAUUUUUUUUAGUACCUCUUGGGUUUUUCUAAAGGGAAGCUAUUUUAUGUUUGACCAGAUCCACGUGUGUCACGAAUCAAAGACGAUGAAACUGUAGGAGCUGCAGGUUAAGUUCCUUUUACAGAUAUCAACACAAGGGGGCAGUAAGGUAUUAAAACAAAGAAGCAGUGAUUUAUCUGUGCUGAAUGACCAGAAGUGUGAGGAUGUAGUUGUCAGGAAAAGCCACUGACCUUUUAGGGCUGUGUGGAUAUUGUAUUUUAGAAGUUUUGUCAUGACAGACAAUAGCUUUGUCUUUAAAGCCAGUGAUACAACAUUUCUGUAAGUGCACUACCAUCCCCCAAGGGACCCUUUCACUUCUCUCACACACUUUCCUACACGCACACAGUAACACACACACAUUUUCUAUGGGGUGCAUGCAAGAUUACACCUACUGUAAAAAGUCCUGUUGGAGCUCAACCACAGGGGCUGGAAUCAUGGAGAUGAGCCCCACAUGUGAUGCGAGUUGUGGAGGCAGACUUUUGUAUCCCAGCCCCGCUCUCCCAGCCCAAUACUGCAUGCGGGAUCUUCUUGGUCAGCUCUGUGAGCCGAGCCAGGGCAGAAACCCCUAGAUGGCGUUGUGUUAUAGCUCGAUAUUGCAUGCUGAAAUAGUACAACACACUGUCCUUACUAGCUUUUUUGCAUGAGGAUAUUGCUACCCAUUCAGAAAAAGGGGUGAGGGAGUUGGUUAAGUUGUGUCACUUUGGUUGUGGCGCUUACUUUAAGCAUGCGGCCUUAUGCUUACCUGCCACUGUCAUACCUUGAGUGUGAAGCUCAUGGGAACAAGGUGUGGGAAUUCGGUGCUUCAGUCACUUAGUUUUAGCUCUGAUAAUUGACAAUGUGUGACUGCAAUCGUUUGUUUUCUCUAUGACAGUGUGGUGGCGAGUAUCUUGGCAGCAUGUUUUAAAAAUGUUGUUACUUUCAUAUGUGCACGUCUGCCUAUCUUAGUAAUAGGUCGAUAUGUUUCAUCGCUCAUGAAUCAGUGAUGAAUCGGUGGGGCUGUUUUGAUUUUGUGAAAUGUGAGAGCACAUGUACGUGUACCAUGUGUGCGGUCCUGUUUGUCUCUUUGUAUAUAACUGUAUAUGUAUGUCUGUCCUGUUGUGUGUAUAAAUAUAUAUAUUUUGCACCGAAUGUACCAAAGGUUUGGGACUUUCAAAGUCAACCAUUAGACCUGCUCUCUAUUUCACUGUCUCACACACACAUCCUGCUCCUGGCUCCUGACAAAUCCUGAAAAAUCCUGACAGAACGUCACUACAUGUUUGCUUGAGACGCAGAUUUCCGGCAUGGGCAAAAAUGCUUCACAUUACUUGGUCAGUUUGACGUUUUCCAUAAUGAUGCUAUUCUGCUGCAAAAGACUGGUCCAACUGGUAACUUGCUUCACAGUCACACUGCUCUUCUUUCUUAGUACAUUUCUGACAGGACCUGGCUCCACUUUUCUGAUUUCCACUCUAUGCAAAGCUCCUGUGUGUGUGUCUCCAUUUCACCCCAAUGAUUGUAAUAAAAGAGAACAAA